AUGACCAACAAGGCACUGAACACCAAUGCUCUCAAGAAAUUACUAGCGAUGGAUGGAUGGAACAAAUCAACUCUGAUCGGUGAAGCCAUCAGUCUCCAUCAUCUCGUAGAAAUACAAAAGCUAUUAGAAGUUGAAGUCAAUUUUCUUAAUGGAGAACACAAUUGGAGUAAAUGGUUCAAUUGGCUCAGGAUGAGUAUCUUAGAGGAGCAUAAUCUUGAAAGGAUAGCCUGGAUAAAGAACCCGGGCGUCCCCAUAUUUCUACGUGCUAAGGAGAACUACACUAGCACUGCAAACACUUUUGGUAAAACCUUACAAGUAGAAGGCAACAAUUGGGUACAUCUUGACUUAUUAUAUGGUAUUGCUUGUAUUCUAACCACCACAAACACUCCCAUAAAUAGGGAGGCGACGUGUUCAUAA